AUGGCAGCACUGACGCGAGCAUAGCGGAACCUUUGUCAUCAUUAUUUGUUGCUCGGGGGGGCUAUUUAUAAAGACGUACAGGUUUAGUGCAGGACCAAAACCAAAGUGGCAGCCAGAAGACAAGCAUGAACGUGAAUCAGGGGACCGUGGGCAGCGACCCGGUCAUUUUAGCCACGGCCGGGUACGACCACACAGUCCGCUUUUGGCAAGCCCACAGUGGAAUCUGCACCCGAACAGUUCAGCACCAAGACUCUCAAGUCAAUUCACUUGAAGUAACACCUGACAGGAGUAUGAUUGCUGCUGCAGGUUAUCAGCAUAUCCGCAUGUACGAUCUGAACUCCAACAAUCCCAACCCUGUCAUUAAUUAUGACGGCGUAAGCAAGAACAUCACCUCCGUGGGCUUCCAUGAAGAUGGACGCUGGAUGUACACGGGAGGAGAAGAUUGCAUGGCUCGUAUCUGGGACCUGAGGUCAAGAAAUCUGCAGUGUCAAAGGAUCUUUCAGGUCAACGCGCCCAUCAACUGUGUGUGCCUGCAUCCGAACCAGGCAGAACUCAUCGUCGGAGACCAGAGUGGAGUGAUUCAUAUUUGGGAUCUGAAAACAGACCACAAUGAGCAGCUCAUUCCCGAGCCGGAAGUGUCUGUCAACGCAGUUCAUAUCGAUCCAGAUGCCAGUUACAUGGCAGCAGUCAACAGCUCGGGUAACUGUUACGUGUGGAACCUGGCCGGAGGCAUGGGAGACGAGGUGACACAGCUCAUUCCCAAAACCAAAAUCCCAGCGCACAAACGCUACUCUCUACGCUGCAAAUUUAGCCCCGAUUCCACUCUGUUAGCCACCUGCUCAGCCGAUCAGACCUGCAAAAUUUGGAGGACGUCCAAUUUCUCCCUGAUGACCGAGCUGAGCAUCAAGAGUAACAAUCCUGGAGAGACAUCUAGAGGCUGGAUGUGGGACUGCGCCUUCUCAGGGGACUCGCAGUACAUUGUCACGGCUUCCUCGGACAACUUGGCUCGUCUGUGGUGUGUGGAGACGGGCGAGAUCAAAAGGGAGUACAGUGGCCAUCAGAAGGCCGUGGUGUGUCUGGCCUUCAAUGACAGCGUGCUGACCUGAGGAUCGGGACUGUGCAAUGCAAAGCAAGACCAUAAAAAAAGUUUUUAAAAAAAUCAUUGAAAAAAAAAAGUGCGCAGUUGUCUUUUUUUUUUUUUUUUAAUUCAACACUGACAUUACACUGGUUGUCGGUACAAGUGGGGAGCCAGGGAGGGUUGUAGGCAUGAAUCUUGUAUUGACAGCAUUCGUCUUG